AUGUACCCCCGGCUGCGUGUUCUUGGUCCGACUCCGGUCUUGUUUCUGCUGUGGCUGCUGGACAGCAGCGGCAUCUGCACCUCGCAGAGUAUAGAGCCGCGCAUUGUUGGCGGCACGACGACCACACAGUCCCAAAUCGGGGGCUAUGUGGUCAACAUACGCUACAAUGGACAAUUCAUCUGCGGUGGCACACUGGUGUCCAACCUCUUUGUGAUCACAGCUGCUCACUGCAUCUAUGGCUAUCAAGCGAAUAGCAUGACGGUCCAGGGUGGCGUCACCAGACUUACCCAGCGAGGUGUUAUCAGGCGCGUGUAUAAGGCCAUGCGGCCAAGUAUAUAUAAUCCAGAGCUCCUAAACAUGGAUGUUGGGGUGAUAAAGCUAAGGAGUGCAAUGGUUGGAAGGAACAUAUCGCCCAUCUCGCUUUGCAGCGUUCAGUGGCGCGCUGGCAGUUACAUGCGCGUCUCCGGCUGGGGCGCCACACUCCCAAAUGUUUCAGAUACUUCGAUACAACUGCGUACUGUUAGGCUGCGUCUGAUGAACAAAACGGUGUGUAAGAGCAUGUACAGAGGUGUUACCGAGCUCUACGCAUCUAUGUUCUGCGCCAGAGCGAGUGGCAAGGAUACGUGUACAGGCGACUCAGGCGGUGGAGUUAUAUACAACAAUCAAUUGUGUGGCAUUGUCUCGUGGGGCUUGCAGUGCGCGGAUCCCAGGUAUCCAGGCGUCUAUACGAGCAUACAUCGGGCCCGCAGCUUUAUUAACGGAGCCAUGCAAAAAUGA